AUGUCUGAAAUCAUCAAAGAAACGAUGGAUGAGGUUUGGCAGAUUCGGCGCGGAACCGAGCUGGCACCUGGUGGGAGAAAGAACCCCGACAACUUCCACCACUACCGCAAAUGGGGCUUCACCAUCUACCGCACUUACUAUGGUAAAGAGUCUGAUAAACAUUGGAAAACCCUUUUAUACUCCUUGAGGCAUCAGACUAAGCUGGCAUUCGGAGCCUUCGAGGACGACGGGGAAACAGACCAAGAUGAUAUGCGACGGGUUCAGGAGUUAUUUCAUCUCGACCACCGAGAUGAUCCGUCCAAGCUAGAUGGUCUCGAUGUUCGAGGUCUCCGGGAAUUCUGCAACGCCGAAAAGCUCCAAGAGACUGAAGUUGUAGAGAAAGCCAAUCGGAAACUUCGCGUGAGCACGAGGCCCCCCGAGAAUCGAGCUAUGGCAGACUAUCUAUUCGACUAUGUUUUGCUCGCCGAUGAGGCUGUUUUGAAAAAUGUAGAAAACGGUGAAUUCAUUGUCAAGGCUGUCUCAUUGUCGUGGGAUGGUCACUCGGGAUGGGGAUGGGUGAGGAUCCCAACGGGCUAUUUGUUAGACUUGUGGACAUUUUUGAUGUGGAACAAAUACCGGACUGAGUUCUGUAUUAGCUUCCGUGGAUCUGAAGCAGAACUUGCGAACAGUAUCUGGCCUGGGGAUGUGGGACUUGACGGUACUGGGCGUUAUUCAGAAAUUCGUCGAAGGAAGUUCUACAGUAACCAACAGGAUGACAUGUAUUAA